AUAAAAUUCAAGCUCCUGAUCAGCGUUCCGGACUCUUGCGUGUUUUUUCUUACGUUUCUAUCUGUUUCGACAACAUUACGAGCCGUCAACGAAUAAGGAAUGUCGUGUUUCAAGGGGGAUAUAAACUUUUGCCCGGAGUGUGGGAAUAUCCUUCCUAUCCCAGAAUUACAUGAUUUCAUUACCUGCCCUCGGUGCGCCUUCAGCAUCCCUGUCCAAGAAUUUUCAGGGUACAUGAUCAAGUCAUCGGUGGUGUUUAAUUCGUUAGAGAAGAGUUCAUCUGCUGUAGAGAGUGAAGACUCUGAGCUAAAAGGCCCAAUUAUUGACAGGAAGUGUUCACGCUGCAAUAAAGAAGGAAUGGUUUACCACACGAGACAAAUGAGAUCUGCUGAUGAAGGCCAGACAGUGUUUUUCACAUGCAUACACUGCAGAUACCAAGAAAAGGAGGACUCAUGAGAGGAGAGGCUCUUUUUUUUUUUUUUUUUUUUUUUUUUUUCUUUUUUUUUUUUUUUUUUUUCUUUUUUUUUUUCUUCUUCUUGGAUAACAAAAUUUUCACUUCAUCAACACCAAAGUGUAAUAUUUUCUCCCUCUAUCUCUCUCUCUCUCUCUCCCCCUCUCUCUCGUUUUACAUCUGGACUGUAUUUACAGUAUGCUCACACUCUUUGAAUUUAGGAUUUGUAUUCAAAUAAUAAAAAAAUAAUGACAUAACACGAGUGUGCCGCUUUAACUUCUGGGAACGUGCUGUCAAAUUUUUGAUACUGAUCGGUCAGAGCAGCUGCGAGAGUAGUUCAUCUGCCAAUCACAGACCUACAGUACAUUAACACACUCAUUCUAAUGUUAUCAUUUCUGUAGUAGUUCAUUCACAGGGACUUGUAUGGUUGAUAUAAUAGCAUAUAUUACAUAUAGAUCAUUUAUAAUAAUGAAUGAAGAAAAGUACUAAUCCUUGGUAUGGUGUAGCUUUCUGGAAGGAAACAUUAUGGAACGUUUAAGAAGGAGUCUCCAGUGUCAGAGG